GAAAUUUUGGACUCGCGACAGUCUCCUAGGGAUUCUUUCCUGGUCCUCCUUCUACUUUUCCAUCUUCAUCUUCAUUUAGUUCGUUCGUUCCUUCUCUGAAGCCGUAUUUUCAUCCAUAUCGGCUCUUUCUUCAUCGCUUUGGAUUACAGGUUUCCGAUCGAGCUCAAGAUGUACGGCGCAGCCCGGCAGGGGCGUCUCGCCUUCAGAGCACUCCGAUGCAUUCAAUCGACAUCCGUUGUCUCCCCCCUUCCACGCUUCACUCCCUUCUCUCAAAGAAAGAUACCUUCCACCUCCAUUCGCACCAGCCAGUUCUCAUCAAUUUCCCAAAGCCGGCAACAUGCAGUCGCCGAAGAUAUGGGCGCCGAGGACAUCUCGAAUGUCGACCGAGAAUACUCCACCUUUGAAGAGCUGGCCGACGCAGGCAUUGUUGAUCGAAGGAUCACUAACAACCUGACUAAGAAGAGGAAUAUUGUCAACAUGACUGAAGUCCAACGUAUGACCAUCAAUGAAUGUCUGGACGGUGCCGAUGUCGUUGCUCAAGCUCGUACCGGUACUGGAAAGACUUUGGCCUUCUUAAUGCCAAUUGUGCAGCGCAUGCUCAGAGAUCCGAACCUUGAGGCCUCGAGACCUCAGAUCAGUGAUACUAGAGCUCUGAUCAUCUCCCCAACCCGAGAACUCGCCGAACAAAUUGCUGAUGAGGCACGAAAGCUUGUCCAAGGAACCAGAAUUCAAGUACAGACUGCGGUUGGAGGCACUCAGAAAGCAUAUCACCUCAAACUCAUGCAGCGUAUGGGUUGUCACAUUCUGGUCGGAACACCCGGCAGAGUCAACGAUCUCUUAUCAGAUCAGUACAGCGGUGUCAGACUCGACAACAUUGAAACUUUCGUGCUGGACGAAGCAGAUCGCCUGCUAAAUAUCGGAUUUGCAGAGGCCAUUGCCGAGAUACAAUCCCACAUGCCACCAUUGCGGGAAAAAGACCGUCAAACCCUCAUGUUCUCUGCCACGAUGCCCAAGUCUGUGGUAGGCUUGGUGAGACAGACUAUGAAACCGGACUUCAAGUUUGUCAGGACCGUCGAUCCAAACGAAGCUGCUACUCACGAAUCUGUCCCCCAAAACGUUGUGUACUUGCCCGGUCUCCAGAAUCAAAUUCCUGCCAUUACCGAAAUCGCCUACACAGCCACCCAGGCACACCAGCAAGACCCCGAAAACAAUCCGCCAUUCAAAGCAAUGAUUUUCUAUAGCUCCGUGAACGAAGUCAGGCUUGCUUAUGAGAUUCUAAAGAACCUCCGCGAUCCUGCUCAGAGAGGCGGAUUCUUCGCCCCGCAUCCACUGGCACCCUGCAAGGUUCUCGAAAUGUCUUCUCAAUUGACCCAAAGUAUUCGAGAAAGAAAUACCCAAGAGUUCCGCAACUCUUCGAGUGCCAUUAUGGUGGCCUCUGAUGUUGCGGCUCGUGGUAUGGACUUCCCCGAUGUCUCACAUGUCAUCCAAGUGGGCCUUCCGAGAACAAGUGAAGACUAUAUUCAUCGGCUCGGUCGAACUGGACGCGCCGGCAAGUCUGGCCAGGGCUGGCUACUUUUGCAGGAUGACGAGCGGCACGAAUUCAGAAGACUCAUCAGCGACAUCCACGCUCACAACAUCAAUGAGAACGAGAACCUGGAGACGGCUAAGCUCGACAUGACUCAGCCCUCACAACUGUCGGCAGAGGCUGGAAAAAUCAUGCAAUAUGUUGAGACGGGUAUCAAAGCAACUUCGAUGGUUGAUAAGUCAAAAGCUUACGUGACUAUCCUGGGCGGUAUGAUUCAGAGCCCGGCGAGCAGGAGCAAGCAGAGCAUAGUCGACAUGGCAAACGACCUCGCCAAAUUUGGCUGGGGUCUUCAGACACCUCCUCAUGUAUCCAGCCACUGGAUUGACAAGAUGGGAUUCAGAGGGACAAGGGGUCUCGAGGUUGGCCCGGACUCCUCGGAUCGAGGUGGGAAUAUGCGACGCAUAAGAGGAGGGGAUCGUGAUGGAGAUGAUCCGUUUGGUCAGGGGUUCAGCGGCAAAGGUGUGUUUAGAGGCCGAUCUUCCAGCAGUGGCUUCGGCGGUAGAUCUUCCGGCGGCGGCUUCGGUGGCAGAUCUUCUGGCGGUGGCGGCUUCGGUGGCAGGUCUUCUGGCGGCAGUGGCUAUGGAGGCCGAUCUUCUGGUGGCGGCGGUUAUGGAAGCAGAUCAACUGAUGGCGGUUCCGGGGACCGGAGAUCAAGUUGGUAAUCGACCUUCUGGUCCAGCCUGCGGCCCACGGAGGCAAUCGGUGCAUUCAUGCGGGAAGUUCUACGGCGGCCGCUUUUGAGAGGGACAAAGAGCUGUCCCGCGCCACGUUCGGUGGCUCCAACCAUGGCUUCGACUGAGUGGCGAGCAUCGGUCGCGCAGCCUACUCGACAAUUUGGUCGGGUUCCAUUCUGCUCAUCAAGAUCUCAGCCCGUAUUUCUGCCGAGGAAGGGUUUCACCUCCCGGAGGCAUUGUAUUAACACUUUCGGCCAUCAUCUUGCCAGACCGAACGAGUUGAGCAACAGAGGGCAAUUCUCGAUCCCUCGUCUUGCUGGAAAACGCUGGAUAUUACUGAGGGGUGUUCCUGGUGUCUCAGGAGCGUGUUGGUGCGUUGUAUGUAUAUAGAAUUGGUGCGCGUGAGAGCAUGAUACCAUUGUGUGAAUCUAGUGAUGACCAUAGUGAGGAGUACGGAUGGGCAAGAAUGGGCAAGGGAAAUCACAAUCUCCUCUAAUGCAAUAUGUGUACACUACUGUACGGAGUAUGGGUUCAGCGUAUUAGUGGCCAUACUGCUAGAUUGUUUCGAAUUGCGAGAUAUUUCUUCUGGUCACGAUCAAGC